UGUCAAAUCGCACAGCAGUUUUCAGAAGAGGCGUUUUAAUUUACAUUUUUUCUUGAUUAUUACAGUGGAUAAUCGUUCAAAAUGCUAGCUUUGAUCAAUCGUAUCCUUGAUUGGAUCAAAAGUCUGUUCUGGAAGGAGGAAAUGGAGCUCACACUGGUCGGGCUACAGUACUCGGGAAAGACUACUUUUGUUAACGUCAUUGCUUCUGGCCAGUUCAGUGAAGACAUGAUCCCGACAGUAGGCUUCAACAUGCGCAAGAUUACCAAAGGCAACGUUACAAUCAAGGUGUGGGACAUCGGUGGCCAGCCCAGGUUCCGCUCCAUGUGGGAGAGAUACUGCAGAGGAGUCAACGCUAUUGUAUACAUGGUAGAUGCGGCAGACCCGGACAAGAUCGAAGCGUCGCGCAACGAGUUGCACAGCCUCCUUGAGAAGCAGCAGCUAACAGGUAUCCCGGUGUUGGUCCUCGGGAACAAGCGGGACCUGCCGCACGCGCUCGACGAGCACGGACUCAUCGAGAGGAUGAACCUGUCAGCGAUCCAAGACCGCGAGAUCUGCUGUUAUUCCAUCUCGUGCAAGGAGAAGGAUAACAUUGACAUUACGCUGCAAUGGCUGAUCGCGCACAGUAAGUCGGGGAGUGCGCGCUAAACAUCCGACGGGCAAGCACACCUCUCUAUAGGCGAUAGCUGGGAAACUAAAGGGUUGAAGUACCGUUGCCGAACUAUCGAUAUUUAGAGUUUAGACUGUCGAUUAAUGACCUCCAAUCAACUAUACUAUCGAUGGCUCAGUUAGACAAAUGUAUACAGGGUGUUAGUUACACCGUAACGAAUACUAAGGGGGACAAUUCAGACCAUGAUUCUGAGUUAAUUUCAAGUGGAAAUAUUCGUCACAAAAUUCAUUUUUUUUAUUUUAUUUUUUUAAUGUACUUUUGUGAUGGAAAAUUCCACUUGAUAAAAUCCUCAUCAGUAUUCGUUACGAUGUCACUUACACCCCGUACAAGUACUUACAGGUAGCCAUACAAGUACAUACCUAUGUGUGUUACUGACACCGCAACGAAUACUGAGGGUGACGAUUCAGACCAUGAUUCUGAGUUGAUAACAAGUGGAAUUUCCUUUCGGAAAAUUCAUGAUUUUUUAAAAUUAUUUUCAGUUCCGUACCUACUUUAGCGACGGAAAAUUCCGCAUGAUAUCAACUCAGAAUCAUGGUCUGAAUCACCCAUCGAAGUUUUCGUUACGAUGCAAUGUCACUAACACCCUGUAUACUAUAUUAUACGAUACAAUCGAUAGUAUUGCUUCUGACUAUUGUAAGGACUUUCGUAUCGAUUGCUAUGUAACGAUAGUGGCCCCGAUUCCUGCAGACACCUUCAUUUUUUUUAUUCAACGUAACAUUUUUGAAUUUACGUCAUUUCGCAGGGUGUUGUGGCUGAUUUUAAUUUAUAUCCGUCACUUUCUUAUCCGCCGAAAAGGAAAGGGACGGGUUGCUUUUUUAAAAUGAAUUGCUUCGAUGUGGCCAUUUUAACCCCCUUGUGCUUUGUAUCGGUUGUCAAGUUGUUUGAUACCAGUUAAAUCAGUAAUAUUACAUUGCAAUGUAAGUCAGUCGAUAGUAUUAAUUUGCAAUCUAUAAAUAAUCGCUACGUCGAAGGUCAUCAAUCCAUCCAUCGCGAUUGAUUGAUUGAUGAAUCAAUAGUAUUGCGUGUUAACACUUUCAAAGACAACGUCUACAGUCGUACCCCGGUUCCAAGUGUCAUACUAUUAUGAAUGAAAGGUCAGUGACUCUUGGUCUGUGUCCGUGAAAGUGUUAAUAGUACGGAUAUGCAAUAAUACUAUUAAUUGAUUAAGUUAAUGGUAUGUUUGCGUAAUGGUUAUUAUGUUAUCGGGUAUUGUCUUAAGAGAGGUAGCUUGCCUAGAGUGGUAGCGUUUCUAAAGUUAAUAAUUGAGUGCACUCUCUCAAUUGGAUGUCGUAAUAUUUCUUCAUAGUACCAAGGUGCUACAUUUAGCGGUUAUAAUGCUGUCGAUUCCUAAGGGCGAAACUUUUAUUUGAGUUUCACAGCUAUAAUAUUGCGAGAAAGAGAUAGUUUUAAAACUGUCUGACUUAUGGUCCAACAAACGUAACGUAAUAACUAGAGUGACCGCAGGAGAGAGAUAUAGUACAUCGCCCAGUGUGAACGAGACGAGAUAUAUGUAUCUUUCGCACUAACAGUAUACAGCUUAGUAAGAAAGAGACAAUUUUAAAGUAGGUAUAAUUUACAAUUGUUGGACUGUAAGUUUGUUUGCCUGCAUCGGUACCACUAUGACAUUCUUCAAAUUGUUAACAUUUUUCUAUACUUUAAUAUUUCUAAAAUAAUUCUUUUCUUUAUUCGACGCAAUAAAUAUUGGCCCCCUUAGUUUUUGAAAGCCAAGCAACGUUCAAUCGAGUUUUUCGACGACUGGAUUCAAUUUUGCUUGACUGUCAAAUAAUUAGACGCAUGUUCAACGCUAAUCUAUUUUAUACUAGUAAGGGGGUGGAUAUUUAAAGUCAUGAAAAAAGUAUGCGAUUUGAUUUGGAAAAGUCACUUAGUAAUAGUUACCUUUUACUUAACGAGCUCCUACUCGUAUUUGCUAGACAAUAAAAAAUGUUUGCAUUUCUCGUAAUAAAGAAUCAGAGUUACCAUGUCAUGUUUAAGGAACUUUUCAGCUUAUUAUUUCAUGAUAUUACGAGUAUUACUGCUCUACUAGACCCGUUUGCUUUUGUAAAAUGGUGCCAACCCGAUAUCAAUCACACGCCGAUUAUUUAAUUUAAAGAAAAUAGACCUUAUUAUUACAUUACUGUGAUCAUUAUUUUUACGGGCCAUAUUCUGAUUGUCAAAAAAGUAAAAAACAUGGUUUGAUGUCAAACUUUUGAUAAUCAGUAUAAUAAUAUGACGAGUACGAAUAUCGAUCACUGGUCAGUAAUAAUAAUAUCAAUUUUUCUUUCAAUCAUAAGUCAUGAUUGAUGAAAGAUUGAUAGAUGUAACUGGGCCCUUACGAUGCCGUGUGCUGAAGGCCUUACACUUGUAUAAUAAGAUGUUAACUCCAACCUUCCUCAAGAUAUUCUUAGACGGCGCCUCAACCAUAACUCGAGUUUAGUCGAGCACGCAUGACGUCAUUCUUUUCGUAUUAUUAUGUUGGCAGUAUGACAUGCUCGACUCCAGUGAGUGAGUUCUUAAGUCGAGGUCGUAAACGUCAACUUAAAUACCAAAAUGCCCAGCUGAGGCAGAGUCUAGUGGAGGAAGAGUUGAGUGAACAGUCAUAAGCAAUAUCAUGUACCCACUUUAGAACCCUGUCGCACUAUCAAAUUUGACAUUUAAUGAGACUUACGGUUUAAUUUGUCAAAAAAGUUAAUGUGACAUGGUUUUAAAGUGUAUACUCAUCAGUACUCGUGACCGAACAUGCUAAAAUACGGGUGCCACUCUUUUUUCAUCUCGCUACAAUAUCGUUGCGUCUUCGAAGAAAUGUUGCCACAUCCAAAUUGUACACAAUCAUUCAAUUCGUAGCGACUAACAAAACAAGACACUACAUACAACCGCGGAACAUAUCAAUGAAAUUGAAUAUGUUUGUUUUCAUUUACCACUAUCAGUUCUAUUAUGUUACAACAUAACUGUUUUGUCCAAUAGUCGCUACGAGAAUGCAGUACGUAUUAUAUUAGAUUAUUUAGAUCCUCUAAUAUUACUAGCGUUAUAUAAUAUUAUAAAUAUAAUUGUCUCAUAUUGUUAGCUAAAAUAAAUAAGUUAAAGUAUAAAUUGUGGGACUAAUUUUGUUGCGUACACAUAACGGCUAAAUAUAGAUAGAAGUUAUUAUAAUAGCGUUUGAAUUGCUUAUUUUAAUAAUGUAAAGGAGCCUACAUUAUAGUUGUUUUCAGUUUAUAAUGUGUUUAAGGCACUCAGCAGGUAGCAAAAUUAGGCUCACACGACUACCUUCAAAGUAUAGAAGUUAAAAGUCACUAGAUUUGUAAUUAAUGAAAAUCCCGCUUCGACUGCACAUUAUGUUUAUAUAAAUAAAAUAUAGUAAUCGUGUAAUAUAAA